CCGGGCCGGCCGCCUGUCAGAAGGAGGUGGCGAUGGUGCGCCGGGCGGCGGCGGCGGCUGCGGCGGCUUCCCGGGUCGGAGUGGAGGGAAGAGAAGAUGACUGACCAGCCCACUGACUGACUGACUGAAUGAAUGAAUGGCGGAGCCACGCGCGCCAUGAGGAGCCUGCCAAGCCUGGGCGGCCUCGCCCUGUUGUGCUGCGCCGCUGUAGCCGCAGCCGCGGCGCUCUCGGCCACCUCGGCAGGGAAUGUCACCGGUGCCGGCGGGGCCGCGGGGCAGGUGGACGCGUCGCCGGGCCCAGGGUUAUGGGGCGAGCCCAGUCACCCCUUCUCUAAGACCGCGGCUCCCACGACCCAGGCCCUCAGGACCGGACCUCGGCGCGCUACUGUCCACGGACCUCUGGCUGCGACCUCCUCAGCUCAGUCUCCGGAGACCACCCAUCGGGCGACAGCCGGAUCGGCUCCGACCGCCUUUCAGGCGCCUCUCGGCCUGUCGCCAAGCACCCCUCAGGCGGUGGGACCCACUCCGACAAACCCUCGGGCGACUAGCAAACCCUUGCGGACCACGCUUUCUGCGACCACCAGCCCGGCGCCGACCACCCCUGUAGCGACCACUGUUCCGGCGCCCACCACUCUCCAGACCCCGACCUCGGUUCUCCCCGGCAGCAGCAGCAGCGUCCCGCCCACCCCACCUGCCGCCGACGUCCCUUCUCCGCCCCCAGAGUAUGUAUGUAACUGCUCUAGGGUCGGAAGCCUGGAUGUGAAUCGCUGCAAUCAGACCACAGGGCAGUGUGAGUGUCAUCCAGGUUAUCAGGGGCUUCGCUGUGAAACCUGCAAGGAGGGCUUUUACCUGAAUCACACUUACAGCUCUAGGCUCUGUCUGCCAUGUGAUUGUAGUCCAAAUGGAGCCGUCAGCAUACUCUGCAACAGUUCUGGGAAAUGCCAGUGUAAAGUGGGUGUCACCGGCUCUACGUGUAACCAAUGCCAAGAUGGAUAUUAUGGCUUCAGUGAGAAUGGCUGCUUACCCUGCCGAUGCAGUAAUCGUUCUGGCAGUUGUGAUGCCCUCACAGGUGCUUGUUUAAGCUGCCAGGGAAAUAGCAAAGGGGAUCACUGUGAAGAAUGCAAAGAAGGGUUUUAUCAGAGACCUGAUGCCACUAAAGAAUGUCUUCGCUGCCCUUGUUCAGCAGUGACAUCUACAGGCAAUUGCAUCAUAGAAUUGGGUGAAUUGGAACCUAAAUGUGUCCAGUGUAAAGAUGGUUACACAGGCUGGAACUGCAAUAAAUGUGAAAAUGGCUAUUACAAUUCUGACAGCAUCUGUAUAAAGUGCCAAUGUCAUGACCACGUGGACCCAGUUAAAACUCCAAAGAUUUGCAAGCCUGAGAGUGGCGAAUGCAUCAACUGCCUCCAUAACACCACUGGGUUUUGGUGUGAGAACUGCCUAGAAGGUUAUGUUCGAGACCUCGAGGGAAAUUGCAUCAAGAAAGAAGUUAUUGUUCCAACACCUGAAGGUUCUACCAUUUUGGUUUCCAAUGCCUCUUUGACCACAUCAGUGCCCACCCCUGUUAUAAAUAGUACAUUUACCCCUACAACCCUGCAGACUAUCUUUUCAGUAAGCUCUUCUGAAAACAGUACUUCAGCUUUAGCUGAUGUAUCAUGGACCCAAUUUAACAUCAUCAUUUUGACAGUCAUCAUCAUUGUGGUGGUACUGCUAAUGGGAUUUGUGGGGGCUGUGUAUAUGUACCGGGAGUAUCAAAACCGAAAACUGAAUGCCCCCUUUUGGACCAUCGAGCUGAAAGAAGAUAAUAUCAGUUUCAGCAGCUACCAUGACAGCAUUCCCAAUGCAGAUGUGUCAGGAUUGUUGGAAGACGAUGGCAAUGAAGUGGCUCCCAAUGGGCAACUCACCCUGACGACACCCAUGCAUAACUACAAAGCCUAAGGAAAUAGGAAUAUUCUACUGGAUUGUUAAACCACAGUGCAUAUUAAGACAGCAUCAGCCUUUGGACCAGACAAAGCCUGGAUAGUCUGCUGAGAAAGCAAAGGCAAAUAGUGCAUCUGAAAUUUUCAGGUACAAAUUUGUAAUGCACUUAGCCUGGUACUUACAGUUUUGCCAUGAAGAUCUGAAGCAUUCACUGUUGUUAAGGACUUGAAGUAAAGUAUAUUUUUGUACCAAACCACAUGGGUGUAUAGAAAAGCCGAACCACAUUCUGCAGCCCAAAUUCACUUUGACCUCCAAAUAGACCCUUGGGGAAGUGUUCACCAAACCACCUAUAACAGGAUGAUGAAUGUGCAGAGGGAAAGGACUGCUGGAAGACUUCAUCUCCAUUCCUGAAACACAUUGUUUAAAAGGAGGGUCAGGGAUGAUACUGAUUUUUCUGUAUUAAAAGAUGUCAUUGAGGAAAAGCUAUUUCCAGACUGUAUCACAAUACGCAAUCUUGAUCAUUUGUAGAAUAGGGGCAGAAAAGUCCCAAGAAGAUCUUUAGAAGGGCUUGAUUUUUCCAGGAUUCUUGCUCAAUGAUGGGAUUAAAGCACAGGGUAAGCUUCUAAGGAUAGAGAGAGAAUGAAGGCAGCAUCCAGGAGCAGGAAGCUGGUGGUCCUCCUCAGGGUCUCAGUGUAAAUGACCAAUCGUCUAAAAAUAAGGAAUAUCCCUGCCCCUAGAGAAAUAAGGUGUACAUAGUUAAUGAGCACAUUUGGUCAACAUUUGUAUCUAUUUGUAAAAAAAAAUUAUGUCAUAUUUUAUCUGGAAUUUAUUUGUACAGCAGUUAAUGACAAUGUAAAAAGAAAAUAUUAGGAUUGGAUUGGUUAAAAUACUGUAAAAUGGAUGGCAAUAUUGCUAGAGCUGGGACUCUGGUGAGCACCAGUCAUUUUUAGUCUCUCUUUGGACAUUGCUGAAAUUUGUGAGGUUGAAUGUUUCUAAUCUUUCUUUCUUUUUCUCAAUCCAAAAGUAGAGUUAUAUACCCUUUGACUUAUAAAGGGUAUAGAUUCAAGCAAUAGAGUUUGAAGUCAAUGAUUGCUAAGCUGGGACACAGGCCAUACUCCCCAAACUACUCACCCAAUUAGACACUAGCCACCCUGUGUAAGAGUUAACCUUUACAUAGAUUAAUGUGAAACAUAUCCUCAUUUUAAAAAGUUUUUUUCCUAUACACAAAAAAUAGUCUUCCAAAGGAAUUAGAAAUAUUUUCAUUCCAAAAAAGAAAAGAAAAGCCGUCAUAUCACUUGGGAAUUCCCGGUUUUCAUGCCUGUGAAAUGUUUAUAUUCCCCCCGCCCCAUAGCCCUUCCUCUAUUUCAGCAUAGCUUGUUACUCAUUUGCCACAAGGUGUGUCCUGUCUCUCAGAGGUGCUACAGGUCUCCUAUCUUCUUGUCUGAUUAGAGAGUACCUCUGUAGUUGGGUAUGUGUAGUUAGCCCUUGCUUUUAGAUAUAGUUUUUCCCUAGAGGCCAUGCACUGUUGUUCUCAUCUAUUGUGAUAUCAACAGAUUGUGGAUUAAGUGAGCCAGAGAAGGCAGCCAGAAGUCAAAUACAGUUAUGUAUUAGGAGGAGCAGCAAACUGUGAAGUGGUUAAAAAAAAAGAGUGAAGACUUCUUAUUAGCUUAGACCUAGGACAUUCAAGUUGACACCAUUGCCUAACUUCCCCAGAGAAAAUUCUGGAAUUUGAUCAUCCUUCUGUAAAAAAAACCCAUAAAUUGUUCUCAGGGUUUAGGGAGGAUGCUCUGAAGAAUGUACAAGCAGAUAAUCUACUUCUGAUAACCUGGGGUGCUCUGCGUAUUUGGCCAUUGCUCACAAAAGUAGAUAUUGCAUUACAGUACCUUAAAAUUAUUUAAUAUUUCUAUAGCCCCUUGCAGUUUGCAAAGCACUUUUCUAUAUGUGUGUCCUUUGUUCCUCACCAUAGACCCCUGAGGAAGUGAUUAUUGUCCCCGUUUUACAGAUAAGGAGACUGAGGUUCAGUAUCUUGCUCAAGCUGCACAGUGUGUGUCAUUAUUAGGCCUGGAAUCAGGACUCCUAACUCCAAAGCACAUGUUCUUUCCACUGUAUUCUAAUGCAGAAAUUGCCUGGUCACGACACAAGAAGGCUGGGAGGAAGGGUCCCAUCUGUGGAUGUUUCUAAAUUUUUUUAAGGACAAGAUGCAACCUAGGGCUGUGCAGCUUGAAGGACAGGAGGUUUACUAUCUGGAGCUGUUAUUAGAGAUACGAAAACAGUACUGCCAGCUUGUACUUCAUUAAAAUGAACUUAUCUUUCCUAUCAGUCGGAAUCUACUCAACAGCAACAGGUUUGGUUUUUUUGGGCUAUCCUUCCUAGCCUGCUUUCCCUAGCGGCUGCUGCAUAUGCCUGUACAGACCGUGCACUGCACUGUACAAUUCUACAGAUCCGCCUUCCUCCCAGAUACCCCGUUGUUGUUGUUGUUAGGUGCCAUCAAGUCGAUCCCUACUCAUAGCAACCCCAUGUGGCAGAGUAGAACUGCCCCAUAGAGUUUUCUAGGCCAGUCUUUAUGGGAACAGAUCACCAGGUCUUUCUCCUUCCGGGUGGGUCCGAACCACCAGCCUUUUGAGUAGCAGCAGAGCGCUUUGUGCCACCAGGCCCUUUCCAGAUACCCUACCCCCAAAAAGUUAGGGUUUGGGGACAGUGAGAAAUAAAUGCUUGUCAAACAGAAGUUAUCCCAAUCAAGAAAGGAGUGUUUGUUGGAGUCUAGAGCCAAAGCAAAAUAGUCAGGAUUUUGUCUAUGUAGCAAUUCCUUGCAACAGACCUUAAAAGGUAUUGCAAAAAUUGAAUCAGAAAGAAUGAUUAUCUUUAAAUACUUGUUAAUAUCUCCUAGGUCAUGUUCUUAAUUUUUCCCAAUGGAAACAAAUAAAGGUCUUACAAAUUUUAAUAAAUACACUUUAGUGUCCCCAGCUUUUUGCUUGUGGAAAUAAUUUUGCUCUAAAAUGUAGAUCACUUACGAAGUGAUGUACCACUGCAGUCAGACUAGGAAAACAGUACGGGAUGCACUGCACAAUAUCCAUUCCUCUAAAGGCACGAUCCCUGUGAGCAGUGGUAUCCAGCAGCUGGAUCCCAUCAGUCCUUUAGAAAGCCCGAUAUGGAAAUAAUUUUUUCUAAGGUUUAGAAGCGUGUUUUUUUAAAAAUAAGGCUGAUUGAAUCUUAUUGAUAAAUAACAGAAACGGACUGCUAUUAAGCGAUGCUUUUAUCUUUAAUUCAUUUUAGUAAGCCCAUAUAUAUCUCUGCUAGUUAGAUGCCCUAGAUAAUGUUGUUAAGUAUGUCUUUGUCCUCCCUGACUUUCCCCUCCCUCCCUCUACCCUCUAGCAAACAGAGCUCUCCUAUUAAUGGAAUUUCUCCAGUUAUAAAGAAAAAUGGUAAUAAAAGCUAAACUUCAUUUAUACUUAAGUCCUAUGGGCCUGAUUGUUAAUCUUCCCAGGAAUACCUGGAUUUUAAGAGAGGAGCGCAGAACGGUCAUGUGGUGGGAAGAGAGAGACUUUUUGGAGAGAAUUUGUAGAAGCCUGAAAUUACAUUGCCACUCUUUAGCUUGAAUAUUCCCAGGAAGUUUGACCAUUAAAGCAACACUCAGUGACGACUCUGGUUCAUUUUGGUCAGCUGAGUGCCUUCAGGACAGUUAGCUCUUCUUGUGCUGUUUUAGAGGUAGAGAGCUAAAAGCACCAGUACUUCCUCUUGACAGCUUCAGUAGUUGGAACUGGGUUAUUAAUUAGAUCAUGCACUUUGGUCCUAUACAGAUAGGACACAUAGUAAACACUUACAAUGAACAUCCCUUGGUUGGUAUAUUUUGGGGUAUGUGGGUAGGAGUUGAAUUUAUACAUCUCAAGGAAAGCUCUCUGAUAAAAAAGCUCAGAGAAGUAAAACGCAACCCACAGUAAUCAUUAGAGCAAGGGAAACAUUUUUUAUCUCAUGCAUGAACCUUUGGUCUGUUAUGAUCUUUGUAGUAAGGAGCUCAGGAGCUAAAAUGAGUUUGGUGUGUGCAAGGGAUUUUUUUAAGGGAGUAGUGGAAGGUUAAUGCAGGUUUCUCUUUAACCCUGGGCUGAUGACGAUAUCAAAGGGAAAACCACUGAGAACACACUGACUCAUCUGAAGAAGUCAAAUAAUAUCAAAUCAUCUAAAAGUUAUGGAUCAUUAAAAUUAUGCGUUUUCAAAGUCAAUCAGGAAUCUUUCUUACUUGUUAGUUGUGCGUACGGAAAAACUUUGACAGCAGCCCUAGAAUGUGAGCCCAGAGCUUCAGAUCUAAGUCAAUCCAAAAGCUCAAUGACUUAAAGUCAAGUUUUAAUGCUAGGCACAAGCACUCUGUAAUAUGUUAAAUUUCAGCCAAAGCAGUUAGGGAAUGUUUCUGAAACAUUAAACUUGUAUUUAUGUCCCUAAAAUCCUAACGCAAACUUUAAAAACGUGUCUCAUAUAUCUGCUGUACUAGGCUUCAUGAUGCAUUUCUAAAUUUGUGUAUGAUUUGAAUAUAUGAAAGAAUUUAUACAAGAGUGUUAUUUAAAAUUAUUAAAAAAUAAAUGUAUAUAAUUUGUA